CCGCCGGCAUAGCUUCUAGACUGUCUGACAGUACUUGACACGAUUGCAUGGGAGUCUGGGGAUGCCGGUGCAAGCGAAAACCGCACUGUGGCCCAGCUGGCGUUCAAGCUUGGUAUACCGGCAUAAUGGCACACAUCCGCAGAGCUACCCUUUCAUCCUGUGCAGAGCAUCGACUGAUCCACCAAUAUUAUCAUCACUGCCAAGUCUAGGAGGAAUUGGUGAAAUAUGCACCACCCAACAACAAAGCCUAAGCCUUGACUCCCUAUCCAACUCCAUGGCUCUUGUCGCCGAAAUAGCUCGACCAUUAGCUUGACCAGUGAUCACUACGUCACUACUGUACGCAAAUUAGUUUGCCGCAGAGACGCUGCGCUGCCGAAUCGCAAAGUGGAGGGCUCUGGGGAAGACGCCAGGAAAACGUCUUCUUUGCUUAGCGAGAAAACCAUGGAGAAACCCAUGGAGAUGCAACAUAGAACUUUCCGAGUAUAUAACGGACUCUCUUGGUCCAGGUUCUUCACUCUACAGCCAGCGAAAAUUGGGCCGACGAAACAGCAAUAUUCGCGUUCAGAAGGGAUUCUAACCCCAGACCCAGAAUUCUUGUCGGGCAGUAGUGCUUUCGUUAGGGCAAGUUAGUUCCCCGACAUAGAACAAGAAGCCGACGCGGAUUUAUUCGCCAGUAUUAUCCUCUUCGUCGAGUCUUCAUUCCAAGUGAGAGAAGGCCAUGGCCGGUGCUACUUUUGUGGUCCUAGCAUUGUCAGGGCUUGUGAUGCUAAUCGGAACAGCUAGCGGGCAGGCCUCGUCGGUGACCCGCAAUAGCUGCCCACUGCCACCUGAUAUCCCCAAUGCAAGCUACACGUAUGGCGGUCUCAGUGUCGGUAGCUAUGCCUAUUACGCGUGUGAUAGCGGUUUCGAGGUUGACGACAAGGAGGCAGUGAUUUGCCUGAAUGAUGGGACAUGGUCACCACCGCCAGUUUGUAGACCAGUGGCUAGCUGCCCCCCGCCAGCUCGUAUUGCCAAUGGCAGAACAAGGUCAUCCACCUAUACUGUUGGUAGCAAGGUCUACUAUACAUGCCAUCAAGGCUAUUCACUGAUUGGCUCGGCUGAAGCCACCUGCCAAGCCUUCGGACAAUGGUCAUCCAAUGAGCCAGAAUGCGUUGUUACUUUCAGUGCAGUCCGGGAGCCCGAGCCGACGCCUUCAUGCACUUCCAAUCCUUGUGUUCAUGGUGCAUGUGUUGACUUGAUCGAUGACUACAUCUGUGUAUGUCCGGUUGGUUACACAGGAAGGAAUUGUGACAAAUUGAUUGCAUGUGCCAGGCCAGCAAUGGUGGAGAACUGUGCCAUAUCGUACAGGUCAACGGCAGUUGGCAGUAGAGCCGUUCACACCUGUGCUAGAGGCUACCAACUUGUUGGCAAUGCCAGGACGAUAUGCCAGACAAAUGGACAGUGGUCACAGCAGCCAUCCUGCCGGGCCAUGCAUCUAGCUGAGCCUGCUGUACCUACACCUAGCUGUGCUACACCCAGUGGUAUACGCUACGGACAGGUUUGGUACACAGGCACUGCAGUGGGAAGCAAGGUAAUGUACCGGUGUAAUCACGGCUAUGAGCGUGUGGGCAAUGCAAGAGUAACCUGCUUAUCAAACGGCCAGUGGUCGGCAGGCCCAGCAAGGUGUCAGCGACGCACACACUCAGGCAGUUCCAGUGAUGACGGAGUUCAGCAAAGCAGAAGUCAAAACAGUGGUAGCAACCAAAGAAGUAACAGCAGACAUGGCGGUGGAAGUAGUAGCGACAGCAGCAGCAGUAGCAGCAGCAGCAGUAGCAGCAGCAGCAGCAGCAGCAGCAGUGAUUAAUGAAGGGUGUCUCUCUCACCUCCAAUCAUAAAACAUAAUCAUUAUGAAUCUCAGUCAAAUGUGCUUUAAACAUGUACAUCAGCGAAUGUGACGAGUACAGGCCUUAUUUAGAAAUCCAGUUCAGCAUGGUACUGUUAUCAUCCUUAAUUAUUACCUAUACAUUGAAUCUGUGCGAUGUCCUACCAUGCAUGCAGCACUAUCUAACCGUUAACCGAAACAAUGCAAAUGCAAACUAAGUACUUGUCAACUGCAUACCCGCACUCAAAAUACUGUUAGUGUUCACUGUUCACUGAUUCCAGGGCUUAGCGGAGACUUGCAAGAUCGGGAAAAGUAACCUGGCAAUAAGCUUCCUAAUCUGCUUAUUUAUGUAUUUACUACAUGUGUUUUGUGCUGCCAUUAUUCUAAUACACAUACAUGUACAUGUACAAGCCUAGCCAUUCAGUGUUCUUACGGCCUUCACUGAUGUAUAGAUCUCUGUACGAUCGAAACAGCUGUAAGGAGGAACAUUUUUUUGCCAGUAUCUACAA